GGCUUGGUGACUGGUAAACUCUUCCUUGCCCGGGUAGAUUCCCCGGCUGAGAAACUGGUUCCGAACCCAACCGAACCCAGAGCGGAGCGACGCCGGGUCACGUGGCUGGCGGCCCCAUGACGUGCGUGCUCCGGGGCGUCAUCGUGACGUUCCGGCGACCCGCUGUGUGGCCCGGCUACCUCCGUUACCUGUGCAGCCGCGGUGCUGUCAUGGACCUGGGACCGAUGCGCAAGAAUUACCGCGGGGACCGAGAGGCAUUUGAAGAGACUCAGCUGACAUCCCUGGACCCCAUGAAGCAGUUUGCUGCCUGGUUUGAGGAGGCUGUUCAGUGUUCUGACAUAGGGGAAGCCAACGCCAUGUGUCUGGCUACCUGUACCAGAGAUGGGAAGCCCUCUGCCCGCAUGGUGCUGCUGAAGGGCUUUGGCAAGGAUGGCUUCCGCUUCUUCACUAACUUCGAGAGUCGGAAGGGAAAAGAGCUGGACUCGAAUCCCUUUGCUUCCCUUGUCUUCUACUGGGAGCCCCUAAACCGUCAGGUACGUGUGGAGGGUUCCGUGAAGAAGCUACCCGAGGAGGAGGCCAAGUGCUACUUCCACUCCCGCCCCAAGAGCAGCCAGAUUGGGGCUGUGGUCAGUCGUCAGAGUUCCGUGAUCCCUGAUCGGGAGUAUCUGAGAAAGAAAAAUGAGGAACUGGAGCAGCUCUACCAGGAACAAGAGGUGCCAAAGCCACAAUACUGGGGUGGCUACAUUCUCUACCCACAGGUGAUAGAGUUCUGGCAGGGCCAAACCAACCGCCUGCACGACCGGAUCGUCUUUCGGCGGAGCCUACUGACAGGAGACUCCCCUCUGGGACCCAUGACCCACCAAGGGGAGGAAGACUGGCUCUAUGAGAGACUUGCGCCCUGACUCCCAACCUGCUGGUGCUGACUGGAGCUGGGGCAGUGCUAAGAGAGGGUAUGGGAUCGGAAGCCAGGCCCUUCUAAGCUCAACCCAUUUCCCUUCCCAUCUCUUAUAUUCAGAGCUCUUCAGAGUUCAUUGUCCAAGUUCUCUGUACUCAGCUGGUCUAGUGGAGUGUAACAAAUGGAAAAUAAUCCCAUAAUAUUUUCUUGACUUUGACUAUGGUUUAUUGGAAUAGCUCCCUCUAGGGGUAGCAGCUGGUGUGAUUCCCUUUUCUGAUGACAGAGGAUGGGCCCCCAGCAGCCUCGACGGCUGGGGUAACAAUCACGUGAAAAGUCAUACUGGCCAAAGCCGAUUGGUCCCAGCAUAAGCCCCUGAGCCAAUCUAGCCAAUCGGUUUUUCUUGUCACCAAAUUGAAAUUUGAAGUGGAGAGACUCAGAGCAUGGGAGUCAUUGUAGCCAAGCCAAUAAUGGCAGCUAAGGAGCAACAGCCUCUGGUUGCUUUUCUUGCAAUUCCCUAUGUGGCCCCUGGAUCUCUCCUUCCCAUGUCUGGGCUGUGCAAUUCCUCCUCCUACCUCAAAACACCCACUAUCUCUAAAAGAGAAAGAAAAAUUUUUUUUUUGGCUUAAACAAGCCAGAAUCUAUUUCUGUUGGUUACAACUAAAAGAACCUUAACUAACUCAUUUACUAAUAGGAUAUUUUUACAGCUCUUACCCAGCUGGUAACUGCCUUCCAUUACCUGAAGCACAGCAGUGUGGAAAAGAGACUAAAUUGAUUCUCUGCAGCUCCAAGGGACCCUUAGGUAGAAGUUGUGUAGAAGUAGAUUUCAUCUCAAUAUGGGAAGAGAUUUCAAAUGAUUGGGGCUGCUCAAGAGGGAAUAGGUCAGGUAAUGUGUUCUGCCACUGUCAGUCAGGAUGUUUUGUUAAAGGGACUUGUGCUGGUACCUAUGGGCCAGAAAGAUUUUAAUCAUGCUUUACUUUCCAUAUUUGUUUAUGAAAGCUAUAUAUAUAUAUGUAUGUUUAUGUGUAUGUAUAUUAUACAUACUUUCCAGGUAUAAAGUUAAAUAGUAGAGAUUAUGUCUUUCUGACACUCCCACCUCUACCAAUGACGACUCCCAGAUCACUGGUUUCAUCCGCACUGGAAUUACCAGAGGAGCUUAAAAAACCCUGAUGCCCAGUCCCACCCUCAGAAAUGAUUUAACCAGUGUGAGUGCAGCCUGGACUUCCGGAAAUUUAAAAGUUUCCCCAGGGAAUUCUGUGCAGCCAAGGUUGAGUCCCCUGGUAGUAGAUCCUUGCUAACUGCAGUGUGGUCCACAGGCCAGCAGCACCAGCAUCACUCUGGGGUGGAGCCCACCCCAGACCCACUGAAUCCCAUUCUGCAUUUAACAAGACCCCCGACUCUCGCCCCCAGAUGCACUACCCCUAACCUCCAAACCAACCACCUCCCACCCUCACAGUUAGAUUCUUCAGUAGCUCCCUGCUGAGGCCUGGGCUGAACUGUAGUAUUUACUUUCCUUGAGCACAGGUCUGGUGACUAGGGACAACCUGGGUGAGUGGCCUACAGGCUGCAGAGAGGAGCCAGGCUGGGCAAAUGUUUGCUAUGACUAAGCCGGGAUCAGAGAACUGACUAUUCUUUGUACACGUUGGCAUUGAACUUGCUACCCUGUAAACUGUGCCUUGUUCUACUGUAUGGGCGUGUGCUGUUAUUGACUGCCUCUUCCAAGGGCCACCCCCUGGGUGUUGACCCCCCUUAAGCCUGUGUGCAGGAAGCCCAAUGCUAACCCUGUGGCCACCUGCAGGAGAGCGUGCCUACCUUGUCCUGUUUGUGUUAUUGGGGCCUGGGUAUCCCCCUUGCUUUGAGCCUGGUCUCAGCUGUUCCCUUCCUUUUCUCUGUCUGACAAUCACUGUGCCAAGUUUGUAAUAAAAACUCAUCAGCCUUGCAUGAUA